UUUUAAAAUAAAAAUAGUGGAUUAAGUUUCUUACAUAAUCUGAGUGUUUAUAUAUUUAUUCUUUUACUUCAAAUAUGGUGAAAAGGGUUGCUGAAAAUUCUAUUUCUGAAAAAGAUGAUAUAAAAACUGACGAUGAUAAGGGACAAGUACAAAGCGAAAGCAAUCCAAAUAAUAGAAAGAGGUUAAAAACUCGAAGUUUGUACCGUCAACCGACCGUAAAUGAGCUUAAUCGGCUUCAAGAAACUGAAAAUCUAUUUAACUCCAACUUAUUUCGCCUUCAAGUUGAAGAAAUUCUACAUGAAGUAAAAGUUAAAGAGAAAACUGAAAAGAAAUUUCAGCAGUGGUUUGUUGAUUUCAAAAACUACUUACUUUCGAUACCCAAAGAUGCUGUUGAAUACGACCUAACCGAACAGACACUGAUCAAGAAACUCAAAGUGAAAUUACCAAUUAGUAACAAACUUGAAAAAACAAAAUGUGUUUUUAAAUUCAAUAAGUUUGAUGAUGUAGAAAUAAUUGGAUCUUACAGCUUAGGAUGUUCCAUCAAUUCUAAACUUCGAGUUGACGUACAGAUAACUGUGCCGGCUGAUACAUACACAAAAAAUGAUUCAAUAAAUUACAGGUACCACAAAAAAAGAGCAGCUUACUUAGCAUGUAUUGCAGCUCACAUUAACAAUUAUGAACAUGUAGAAAAUUUGAAAUACUCUUGGAUAAAUGGUAAUGAAACGAAACCUAUCUUGGAAUUUACACCAACAGGAAAGUUGGGCAAACAUUUAACAGUUAGUAUUCAUUUGAAAUGUCAAGCGGAAGCAUACAAGCUGCAUAGAUUUAGUCCCUCUCGUAACAACUUGAGAGAAUCAUGGUUAUUAUUUCAAAAUGCUGAAAAUAACACAGAUGUAGGUCCGCCAACUCCUUACUACAAUAGCAGUGUUCUAUAUGAUCUGACAGCUUCAGAAAAUGACAGUGUAUUGAAAUUAGUGUUGAUGAAAAGUGAUAAUUUGAAACAAGCAAUUGUAUUACUUAAGAUAUGGCUACGACAGAGGAGUCUUCAAGUAUCUGGUUACAUUAUCAACAUGUUUAUUGUAUACCUAGUUCAAAAUAAAAGGAUUAAUAAUAUAAUGAGCAGUUAUCAAAUCAUAAGAAACGUUUGGAUAGCGUUAAAAUCAUCGGAAUGGAAUGUCAAAGGAAUAUCUUUGUACAAGGGUGGUAAUACACCAUCUAUAGACGAGUUUCAAGAGCAUUUUCCAGUAGUGUUCCUUGAUACUACAGGAUAUUAUAACAUUUGCUGGCAAAUGUGCCAGGGCACAUAUAAUGCUCUGAAAAGGGAGAGCGCAUUGGCUGUUGACCUGCUGGAUAAUGGAAAAAUUAACAGUUUUAUACCACUUUUUAUGAAACCUCACCAGCCGUUGAUGCAAUUUGAUCAUAUAUUAAGGUUCAAAAACAUACAGCAUUUAAUAGAGUUGGUGAUGUCCAAAGUUUCAAAUUCUGACAAAAUAAACUAUGGUGUGGAAGAAUUGUCUCUGGUUACAGAACAACUGUAUGCUCUCUUGGAAAAAAGUUUAGGUUCCAGAGUGGAUCUAAUAUUGCAGUUAGUAGACGCCGAUUUCUCAUGGUCAGUCAAGAAACGUCCUGAAAAGGCUAUGAAAGAAGGGUACAAACAACAGCUUUCUUUUGGUUUUGUAUUAAAUCCUGACAAUUAUCUUAAUAUAGUUGAUAAAGGGCCACCUGCAAACUUACCAGAAGCUGAAGAAUUCAGGUCGUUCUGGGGAGACAAGUCUGAGUUGCGACGGUUCCAGGAUGGCUCCAUCACCGAGGCCUGCGUGUGGGAGGGAGACAGCCUCUCUGAGAGGAGAGACAUCACCAGGCAGAUUAUCGAUUACAUUCUUAAACUCAAAUAUGAUAUCUCACCAACGGACUUGUUCCACGUCCACGAUCAGCUGGAGGCACUGUUGACUCGCAAGCAGUACUCGGCCCCGUGCGAGGAGGCCUCGGUGCGAGCUCUGCAGGGCCUGGACGAUCUCCGCAGAGAGCUGAGGCAGCUCACCGACCUGCCGCUAGAUGUCAGCGCAGUCUACGGAGUAUCGGCCGUGUUCAGCUACUGCGAGCCGCUGCCCGCCGUGCCGUGCGCGGGGCCCCACUCGCCCCACGCGCCCCACGCGCGGCGUCGCGGCAACGCGGCCCUCAUUAAGGACGCGCGGAGGGCGGACGGCGCCUGGAACAUCCCCGAGUACACGCCCGUCAACAGAGCUGUCCUCGAACUAGGUCACAGCGGCAAGUGGCCAGAGGAUAUAGAAGCGUUCCGUUGUCUUAAGGCAGCGUUCCACGUACAGAUAGCGGAGAGACUAAACAAACAGCACUCCAUGCCCACGCAGGCGUACCCGACGCACGUGGACGUACUCAAACGAGGACUGGUGUACAGAUUGGAGAUAGCGCAUCCGAAAGAGAUAACGCUACUGCGGAAAGAGAUGGACAACGGCGUCGUCAAGUUCAGGGACACGGAGGAGAGCGAGCGGCUGCGGCGCGACGUCGAGCUGCUGCCGAGGCUCAGGGCCGCUCUGCACGGGUGAGCCAAUGAGAUUUGCACUAGUGGUUUUCUGUGAAAAGU